CCUGUGCAGGUGCCAGGCAGGUGGCCCCGCGGAGCCCAGCCCCAGCAUGAGCUCCUUCGACCUCCCGGCGCCCUCCCCGCCCCGCUGCAGCCCCCAAUUCCCCAGCAUCGGCCAGGAGCCCCCCGAGAUGAACCUUUAUUAUGAGAAUUUCUUCCACCCGCAGGGCAUGCCCAGCCCUCAGCGGCCCCCCUCCUUUGAGGGGGGCGGCGAGUACGGGGCCACCCCCAACCCCUACCUCUGGCUCAACGGGCAGGCCAUGACCCCGCCGCCCUACCUGCCGGGCCCCAACCCCAGCCCCUUCCUGCCCCAGGCCUACGGUGUGCAGAGGCAGCUGCUGCCUGGCAUGUCCGGCCUGGGGGGCGGCGACCUGGGCUGGCUGCCCAUCCAGUCCCAGGAGGAGCUGAUGAAGCUGGUGCGGCCCCCCUAUUCCUACUCAGCCCUCAUCGCCAUGGCUAUCCACGGGGCGCCCGACAAGCGCCUCACCCUCAGCCAGAUCUACCAGUACGUGGCUGACAACUUCCCCUUCUACAACAAGAGCAAGGCCGGCUGGCAGAACUCCAUCCGCCACAACCUGUCACUCAACGACUGCUUCAAAAAGGUGCCCCGGGACGAGGACGACCCAGGCAAAGGGAACUACUGGACCCUGGACCCCAACUGUGAGAAGAUGUUCGACAACGGAAAUUUCCGCAGGAAGAGGAAGAGAAAAUCGGAUGUUUCCUCCAGCACGGGCUCCUUGGCCUCGGAGAAGACGGAAAGCAGUCUCCUGGCGGGCAGCCCCAAGACCAUGGACCCCCAGGACCUCUUGGACAGCACGCCGCCAGGCACCACCAGCUCCCCAGAGCAGCGGCCCUCCCCUGCCCCGUGCCUUAACAGCUUCCUCUCCACCAUGACAGCCUAUGUGAGUGGGUCGAGCCCCAUGAGUCGCCCUGUGGCCACGCCAGGACUGAACCCUGAGCCUUCUGACAAGAUGGGGCAGAACUUGGUGAACCUCAACUCCUAUACCCCACUUACCAACCUCGGUGGCCAUGGGGCUGGGAGCGAAUGGGCCAGCCCCAUGCCCACCAACACUCUCGGCUACGGAGGCUCGGUCCUCAACCAGUUUAGCCCUCAUUUCUACAACAGCAUCAACGCCAACAGCGUCCUCUACCCCAGGGAGGGCACCGAGGUCUAGGACUGACCAGCCCCAAGCCUGAUGGGGACCCUCACGCCAGCAUCCCUGUGGUCCAGCCCCUCUGAACUGCUCAGACAGACACAGGAGGCUCAGAGCAAUUCAUCUUUUUUCUAGAACACUGUACAAACCUUCUGUUUGUCACACAUAUAUCCGUGCACACACAGCCACCAACUUUGCAAUGAAAAUGCUGGUCUGGAUAACAGCGAUCAUGGUGGCCAUUUAUUGAGCAGUUAUUAUGUGCAGGGAGCUGUGCUAGGCUCUUUGAAGGCAUGACCACACUUACUAUUGAGUUACCUUGUGGAGUUCAUAUGAACUUCCUCAUUUAACAGAUGAGGAAACUGAGGCUCGAGGAAGUUAAGUCAUUCUCCCAGGAUCAUUACAAAGUAGUAAGUGGCAGAGCCAGGAGUCAAGUCCUGUGUGACCCCCGAACUUUGGGCCAAUGGGAGCAGGACUGGAGGAACAGACUGAGUAGCUAAAGAGGGUCAUUGUGAAAGCUGAUUAUGGCAAGCGUGUCUACUGCCUUCUGGCUGUCCAUCAGGAUUUAGCACCAGCCCCGGGCACAUCUUGUCCUGACCUAAGUCCUUAUUCUGUGGCUCCCAGCUUACCUGCAGACAUUCCAUUUGCUGCCACUCAAGAAGGGGAGCCCAGACCAUGCCCCUCCAGGACAACGUGUCCAGCCUCUCCCCACAGAGGGGCACUGCUUCCCCCACCCCAGAGACUGUGAGCAGGGCAGGGAGAAGAGAGGUACACCCCAAGCCCCCCACCUCAGCACUACCUACCUGCAAAGUCUUAGAAAGCCCAGCUGCUUGUGUGCACAUCAUGGACCAGUGAGCUGGAGGUGGCUGAGUCUUCCAAGAGAAACAAGGCUGAGUCCACGCUUCCCGUUCUGCAGCCCAGGAGAAGUGGAUGUCUGAAAAGCAAGGCCUCCAGGAACGGCCUGCUCCCACGGCCCAGGGCUCCAUGUGCGCAGCACCCGGGGCUUUCCUUGCUUUUGUAUGUACUUUACAUGCUUGUGAUCUUCAUCACAGCACACCCUGGGAAAUGUGUUUUUGUUUUAUUAUUUUCUUUUUAAUUAAAACAAGCAACAAAGCAA